AUGAGUCGUCAAAUUUCCAUUCUCCUCUUCACUCUCAUCCUCGCCAUCUUCCUCGACCUCGGCGUGGAGGCGAAACCUCAAACCUGCUCCCCCAGCGGCAAGCUCCGCGGCAAAAAGCCCCCGCCGAACCAAUGCAACCAGAUCAACGACUCCGACUGCUGCGAGGAGGGCAAGCUGUACACCACCUACAAGUGCUCGCCGCCGAUCACCAAGCAUACCAAAGCGGUCCUCACCAUCAACAGCUUCGAGAAGGGGAAAGACGGCGGCGGGGCGGCGGAGUGCGACCAAAAGUUCCAUGGGGACGAGGAGCGGGUCGUGGCGCUGUCGAGCGGCUGGUUCAACAACGCCAAGAGCUGCUUUCAGCAGGUCAGGAUCACAGGGAACGGGAGGAGCGUGGUGGCGAAGGUGGUGGACGAGUGCGAUUCCACGGAGGGCUGCGACGGCGACCACGAUUACCAGCCGCCGUGCCCCAACAACAUCGUGGAUGCGUCGCCGGCCGUGUGGGAUGCGCUCGGGGUGGCUUCUGGGGAUCGGGGCGAUUUGAAGGUGACAUGGUCGUUUGUGUAA